AUGCCCCAGUUGACUGCGUUCCUGCGGCAGGUCGUCAAGGAGACCGAGCGGGUGGUCUCCUAUUUCUUCAAGGGCGGCGAGAUGGAAGAGGUUGGCACCCACCUGGAGAACCCAGUGACCUUCCUGGAGCAGGACCACGGCAGCGGGAAUGGGCUGAGGUACGGGCUGGGCGCCAUGCAGGGGUGGAGGGUGGAGAUGGAGGACACCCACUGCACCGCCUCCUGCCUGCCCGCCCCGCUGGGCGCCUGGUCCUUCUUCGCCAUCUUCGACGGGCACGGGGGGUCGAGGGUCGCCCGCUACUGCUCGGAGCACCUGCUGGGCCAGGUGGUGAGCAACUGGGGCGCGGAGGAGGGGGGCCGGCCCUCGGUGGAGAGGGUGAAAAGCGGGACCCGGGCAGGCUUCCUGCAGAUCGACAGCCGCAUGCAGCGGCACUGGCGCCGCUCCGGCGGGCGCUGCGGCGGCUCCACAGCCGUGGCCGUGACCGUCUCGCCCACCCACCUCUACUUCGUCAACUGCGGCGACUCGCGGGCUGUCCUGUGCCGCGGCGGCAGCACCCGCUUCUACACCGAGGACCACAAGCCCUCCCUCCCCCGGGAGCACGAGCGGAUCCGGAGGGCGGGGGGCACAGUCACCCUGCAGCGGGUCAACGGCUCCCUGGCCGUCUCCAGGGCCCUGGGGGACUUUAGCUUCAAGGCCGCGGAGGAGAGAGGCCAGACCGAGCAGCUCGUCUCUCCCGAGCCCGAGGUCUACGAGAUCGAGCGCUCCGACGAGGACCAGUUCGUCAUCCUGGCCUGCGACGGCGUCUGGGACAUAAUCAGCAACGAGGAUUUAUGCCAGUUUGUCUGCUCGAGGCUCCAGCUCACUGAAAACCUCGAGGAUGUCUGCAGCCAGGUUAUUAACGUCUGCCUCUACAAGGGAAGUCGGGACAACAUGAGCAUAAUCCUCGUCUGCUUCCCAAAUGCACCCAAAGUAUCGGAGGAGGCAAUGCGCAGGGAGGAGGAACUGGACAUGAGCAUCAAGCAAAGAGCGAUAGAGAACUUCAAUCAGCAGCUGGAAGAAGGAGAGCCCAGCCUGUUCUACCUGAUGCAAAGCUUAGCACUGGAGGAAAUCCCGAACCUCCCACCGGGUGGAGGACUCUCCAGCAAGUGA